UACAAGUGUUGGAACACAUAAAAAUCUAAAAAUCGAAUUCGGGACUCUUUUUAUUAUUUAUUUUGGAAGUCAUGACUUCGCAUGUUCAAUACUUUCCCACUCAUUACAAAAUAGACAGUAUCUAUACAGUGAAAAAAUUGAUUGCAAAUAACUUGAAUUGUCAAGAAAGGCUUGAAGUUCUGAAAUAUAUUGAAUGUUUUGGGAAAUGUGACAUUAUCGGCAAUUUACCAAUUGCAAUUUCCACUCAAGUACUCGAACAUUUUACGCCACAGGAACUGUCUGUGUUCAGACUAGGUAUAUUAUUUUUUAAACAGAUGUAUUCGUGUCUCAUUCUUUUACAGUUUCUAGGAUUUGGAAUAAAAAGACUACACAUGACUCUUUGUGGAGAAGGAUUUGUAUCAAUUACAGCAUCAUACCCUCCGACGUACCCAUUGCUUGGAAUAGCACGAUUCCUAUAUAUCACAACUUGUUUCAGCGUUGCUUAACAAUGACACGGAACUGGGCAACAAUGAAAUGUAGGAGAAUCGAAUUAAAGUAUCAUUUAGGGCCAGUCCUUUGCAUUUUGAUUGCCAACUCUACGCGCAUAUUUACAGGUGAUAUUGAUGGAAAGAUUCAUAUUUGGAACGCACAAGAUAAUACAUACAUGUCUUUUAUACAAGCCCAUUCAGGACAUGUUUCCUGUCUUGCUAAUUCAGCAAGAUAUCUAGCUUCUGGCUCUUCUGAUAAUACAAUUGUUAUUCAUGAUAUGAUGAAUUUGGAAUCAAUAAUGGGAUUAAACGGACAUGAAGGACCAGUGACUAGUUUAGUUUUUUCCAAAAAAGACGAUCAUUUGCUGUUCAGUGGCUCCACAGAUAGAACGAUUAGAAUAUGGGACUUGGAAAUUUCCAACUGUGUUAGAAUAUUACAUGGACAAGAAAAUACGAUUACUUCGCUCCUAUAUUGCCUUGAAUUUCCAUCAAGUUAUUGUCAAGCAGCAAUGGAAAUCAACUCGGUGGAAAGAAAUAGGGCAGGUUAUAUAAUAUCUGGGUCGAGUGAUAGAAACAUAUUUAUUUGGGAUUUGAAGGCAUCUGCCAGAACAGACGAGCCUGAGGUCAUAAAUACAAUUAUGGAAACAAAUGGUCCAAUAAGUGCACUUACGAUAUAUGACGAAUCAACCAUAAGCUGUCAAAAGAAUAUAGUUACGAAAUCAACAAAUGAGUACAUCUGUUCAAGAUUACCUAUAAAUAUACCAACUUUUAUUGCUUUUGCUGCAAUUUCUGACAAAACGAUAUCAAUCUAUUCUUUACCUGGAUUUGAAAAAACCUUUGUAGAAACACCAAAUAUUCAUCGUAGCACGAUUUGGUCAAUUUCAACGGCCGUUAUUCAUUCCAAGUUAGUGACAACUUCGGGUGAUAGAACAGCGAUUGUAUGGGAUUUGAAAUCACCUAAAACAAGUAUGACAUUAGCGGGAUUUGAUAGCGCAGUAGUAUCAUCUGCUAUCUCACCACAAGAAGAGCUAUUAUGUUUUGGAACUGAAAAGGGUACUAUUGUUUUAUUCGAUUUAAUGGAAUCUGCCUAAAUAAAUUUGCCAUAAUAACACUCCAUACG